AUGCCUCCGCGACGAAGCUCACGCGGCAAGGGAAAGGAGAAGGUUAGCGAUGAUGAGGCCCAGGCUGACCCACCCUACGUCGCAUGGAUGAAAGAGCAGCAAAAGCAGGGGAAGACGUCCCCAUCUAUCAAGCGUAUGGCUAAGGCCGUACGCGAAACUGCGGGCGCCAGCACUAGCCGAAGUUCUCGGCAUGACUAUCCCGACACAUGCGCCGAUACUGACGUCUCCGAUGACGAUCUCGAGGAGAUCGUCUCGGAGCCGGAUAGCGAUGCCGACUCAGCCGAUUACAGACGCGGCAGUGAAGAGGACGAGGAAGAUACUGAUGGAGGCGACGACGGAAGCAGUGAUGAGCGCAGCAUACGCCCGUCGAAGAAGGAGCAGCGGGCUCCUGCGUCUCGCAACAAGCGCGUGUGGUCGGACGCUGAGUUGACGUCCCUGGCGGCCGCUCGUUGGAACAUUAAAGACGACCUGAAGGCUAUGCAGGGCAAGCAGGGGAGCCAGUACUGGAGGAAGCUCUGCGCCCACAUGCUUGAGAAGGACAAAAAUCGGGACCGCGAUGAGGGACAAAUGUCCAACGCCUGGAAACGCCUCGAGAAGAAGUACCUGAAAACGAAGCGGGGGGAGGGACAGAGCGGAGGGAAAGCUAUAAAGAAAAAACCGUGGUGGGAAUACGUCUACCACCUAAAAAAGCACUCGGCGAAGGCCAAGGCGCACGCCCUCGACGGUGGAGGCGCGGCGAACGUCAACGUCCAAGCGUAUGCCCCGGUGCCCGGCUGCAACGACCGGGAAACCUCCGCGCCUCCAUCGGAGGGCCGUGGGCGCUCUAACCGCCGUCAGGCGACCACACCAGGUGUGUACUCCCCACUCGUAAGUAGCUUGCUCUCGUUCCUGCGCGCGAAGAGCCGCCAGCGUCCCUUCAACGCGCCGAUGGUGCGCUCGACGACCAUGCGGGUAGCAGACUGCACGUAG